AAAUCGCUAUAUCACAGCGUUGCCUGUCUUAAAGAUGUUUGUGAGUUUUCCUUUUGGAAAAUGGCUCUGAAUGCGAAAUGCCUGCGAGUGAGUUGCGUAAUCAUUGCCAUCGGCUGGAUCAUUGGGACCAUAUUUACCGCCUCGUACCUAGUUCAGGCGGAUACGGAGUACCCCAUAGUUACUCUUAUAAUGGCCAUCUCUGAUUUUGUGACGACGGCUGGCUCGAUUCUGGGACUAAUUGGAGCCAUCAAGAACAUUCCAUUGGCGUUGGUGCUUUGGCUAUUGACGAUCCUUAUCUCCCGGUGCCUGGAACUUGUAUUGUUCAUGAUCUUCCAUUUGGAAAAGAAAUUUCUGUCCGCGUCGGUCUACAUGGCGACCGAUAGUGCGCUUUCAUUGAUACUCUUCAUUUCGACAAUGCUAUGUGUGACGGCCAUAUCGAUAUUUGUCAUCUAUGAAUACUACGGCUAUCUACGAAACAAGAUUCGGUACAAUGACGAAUGAUAUGUGUGAAGUUCUGUGGACUAUAUAAUAUAAGUAUUCCUCUAUCCCCACACCCCCCCACUACUUUUAAAAAUAAUGGUUCGAAUGGGGGAGGGCCGCGAUUGCCGAGGAGUCCACACCCCCAGCCUUGUGAGGAUGAAUGUGUGAUCCUGCACUUCAUAGAUGGACCCAUGAGAUACAUACAUAUACAUAUGUAUGUACUUUGUUUCUCUGGAAGGAACUUUUUCCAAGCCAAUUGUGUUUUCUGCGGCGCUUACCACUUUUCCUCUAUUAACUCAGCUCAAAUGAGCGAAAUAAGCUCCCCUUGCCGCCGCCGCCGCCGCCGCCUCCUCCUGUGUUGUGAUUAAUGGUUGCGUUACCAUUGGGAUUUAGUGCGCGACUGACUUCGACUUCGACUUUGGCUAAGGUGGUGGUCGGUACCCAUAGCCCAGCCCAGCCCAGCCUCCCCUCCCCACCAUCCAAGCAACUACCUGUAGCGGCAUCUCUCAUGCUUUUUCAAUUACGUUUUAGUGUUUGAAUUUUGCGCCAUAGUUUUAAAUGCCGAAACCAUAAAAGUGAGCAUGUAUGCAGAAAUAAAACUACAUACAAAAUAAAAGACUGUGCAGCUCUCGUUAGCAGCUACAACAACUCGGCCAUUAUUGUUAGGCGCAUGGAGACGAGAAGAGGCCAACUGAAAUUUGUUUCAAAUUUUCGAAAACUCACUUUGCCAUGGCGGAAUGUAUUAGUCACGCCACCUGCCGCAAUCCACCCUGCCCACAGACCACUGUACUGUUAGUACCAGUACUAGGCAGCCACACUCGAAAUACUAUC